AUGUUUACCCCUCCCAAUACUCCGUUUGUCCUCCGAUGGCCGGGAUCUUUGCUCCCACCAGAGGACGUGGACUCCUCCUCCUCCGACAAUGCACUUUCCUCCUAUUCAGAGACUGACACUGAUUCAGAGCCCUCUAAUGAUGAGGAGCACUGGCCUGAAUGCGGCUUCGACAUCCUAAGUCCGUUCGACGGGUUUGUAGACACGCUCUGCUAUAAGAGCGACGUAACUGUGGUCAUCCACAAUGGCAGAUGGCAGUAUGAGAUACUUUGCAGCUCGCGACACCUCGCGGAAGCCUCCCCAUACUUCUAUGCUCUGUUCGAGCACGACUUGGAGGAAGGCAUCCGGUUCAAGGAAAACGGCCAUUUGACCCUCACUUAUGACGACGUCAAUCCUACGGCGUUUAUUACGGUCAUGCAGGCCGUCCACGGUAGAUGGGCUGACGUUCCGAGUGGAGGUAUCGAAAUGGCCUUGCUCAAGGAUAUUGCUCAAGUGGUUGACAAGUUUCAUCUGUUUAGGCCCGUGAUGCCGGUCGUUACAACAUGGGUGGAGAACAUCUGGCCCGGCGACCCGGAGCCGUCCGAUGCGCAGGUCAUCGACUGGAUGCUGUACAUCAUGUGGGUAUUCAACGUGCGCGACGGCUUCAAGCGAGCCACGGGCUCGCUGAUCAAGGAACAUCCGCACAUGGUACCGCCUGCCGAUGCCGUGCUACCGCUUCCGAUCUAUGAGAAGAUCAACGUGGCUAGAGGCAGUAUGUUGCGGGAAAUGCGCGUGGCGCUGCGGGACGAGAUUCAACGCGUCCGAGGCUUCUAUAACAUGGCCGAUCCGAAGGGCGACCAGCGGACCCUAAUGUGGCGGAAGAUCCUGCGCCUCGCGCGAUAUCCGCUGUGCACUGAAAUGUCCCCCUCGAAGCUUGUGCGACUGGUUCACCAGGGAAAGCAAUGUGUCAAACGAACUUAUGACCGGUUGUACCUUGUGGAUCAACCUGCGGCACAUGCCUGCUCGUUAUAUGGAGAUCGGCUGGUGGAGACUUUGGAGCAAAUCGUCGCAGAUCCAGGACUGCUGCUCGGUGAAACCCGCAUAGAUUCGGCCUGGAAUCACCAUUGGCCUUGGAAUCCCCCCGCCGUGGAUUUUGAUCAUGUCGGAUGGCCUUACGAGAUUGAUGGCUAUGACAUCAACAAUUGGGACUUCGAAGGUUUGAGAGAUAUGAAGGAGGCGGGCAGAUUUUGGACAGAAACACAGACUAAAGAGUAA